AUGCAGAACUUCGGACCGCCCGGAGGAGCACUACGGGCGAGUGCAGCAGGAGGCGAUGAGUAUCCCUUCAUCAACAGUCUGCUCGAGAAGAUGCCCGUCCCCGGUGGCCUCUCGGCGGAAUUUGCGAAUCAGUACAAGGUAAACUUGUUAGUUUUUCGUUGAAAAAGAAAUCGAUGAAAACAUAUCGACGCCCCGGAGGGCAUUGCGUAGGCGUAGAUGCGCUCUCGUUGAGGGGAUAUAAAGAGGCACGUUCGUUCUCGAUAUUUCUCAUUCUAUUCCAUAACUUACUAUUAGCGAAAUCGCAUUAUGAUGUCCAAAAAUAAAGCAAUUGCGUCAAAAACCAAUAAUGUUCGUCUAUUUUUACUUUUUUUUACUAUUCCCGAACUAUUUUUAUUAAGCAAUCCGUUUUCUUUCAGUUGCAACUGCAUGACUUCCAGCACCAAUCGACGUCGUCACUGAACAGGAUGUUAGGCGCCGGUCAGAUCACGCGAGAGGAAAUGCAACGGGGCGUGCAUUCUAUAAACGAUCGGAUCCAUCGGCAGUUCAACAGCUACCAAAGUCAGCAAGCUCAAGCCGCUAGAUACAAUUCUGCAGAGCCUGUGGAUGGUGCCUGGAGAGGAGCUCCCGGAGUGAUGCCGCCGCCGCAAAUAACGCCGGGCGCGCAGAUGCAAAGGGAUCCGGCUGCUGCCGAGAAGCGCAAGAUUUUGGAGAUGCAGAAGAAGAACAUGCUCGCGCAGCAACAAGGAAUCAUUCGUCAGGGCGGAUUCCCGCACGGCGCCACGCCCCAACAACAACAGCAGUUGGCGAGGAUGCAGGCUAUGCAACAGCAGCAACAACACCACCAGCAGAACGGUUAUCCGAGGAUGAUGGCGCAGCCGGGGCCCGGCCAGACUCCACAGUACCCCGGAGCACAUCUGGCUCACCAAUCACCUGCCAUGCAGCCGUUACAACACAUGCAGCCGCCCACGCCCCGUAAGUGCAAACUUCGAAAUGUCUUUGACUCACAGCUUCACAUUCCCAUGACUCGUCCUGCAAACUCUCAUCGACCUGUUAUUUCAGAAUCUCACGGUCCCGCGUCAGUCUCGAGUGUGGCCCAGCAGCAGUUCCAACAGCAACAGUAUUACCAACAACAGCAACAGCAGAUGCAGCAGAGAGAACAGCAACAACGGGAACAGCAACAACGGGAGCAACAGCUACACAUGCAACAGCAGCAACAACUGCAAAUGCAGCAACAACAACAGCAGCACCAUCAGCAACAGCUCGCUCAACAACACGGAAUGCAACACGACGGAUACCGGGAGCAGAUUCAACAUCAGCAUCAGCAGAAUCAAAUGCAACAAAUGCAGCAUCAACAGCAACAUCAAGCCCAACAACUAGCCCAACAUCAGGCGCAACAACAAGCACAACAGCAAACUCCAGUUCAACAAGCUGCUCCUCCUGCUGCUGCUCCCGCUGCUCAUCCUCCGAAGGCAGAAGAUCUUCGGUACAAGGAGUUGCUCCGUGAGAUGAAGAUUCAGUACUUGGAAGUCCUUCAAGGGAUGCAACGACGCCAAGUGCCCGUGAAAGGGCUUGUGCAAAUGAUCAACAUUCUGGAUGGAGACCGCUCGACUACAUACGAGCAUCUGCUCUCUUUGAAGGGAUCGCUGCACAGGCUGAUGGUCAGAGACUGUCCGACAUUCCCAAUCAUGGAGGAACUCCGGAAGGCUGUGUUCCGAAAACAAGGAGGAAAUCCCCCGGAAAUAACGUUCCCUCCUAUCGAGAAAGACAAAUUGUCUGCUGCUGCCGAUGAAGCCAUAAGGAAGCUGACUGCUAACAAGACUGAAGAGGAUCCGAUGGGCGUUCAACCAUGGGUUUCGCUCAAGCAUCUGCGGAUUCGAUUGCCAGAAGCUGUCCAAAAUCUGAGUUCUAGAGCCUGCUCACCGAGCCCAUUAAACGAGAAACGGAAAAUAUUGAAAAGAGAAAGAGGAGCGGAUUCCGUUGACGACGAGGAACAUGCGGCGAAGAAGAUGAAAGAAGAGGACAAAGAAGAGACUGGCAGUCAAGUGUCCGUCGACGAAGACGUGAACCAGAUUCCCGAGCAGUUCCUGGUAUGCUCUUCAGGCUUUUCUUCUAGUUUUUACAUACAUUUGUUUCAGAUCAAAACUAUCUUCCAAGGCCGACAACCCUGGGUGGUACCCCCGAAAGCUCGUGAAGAGCUGAGGCAAAUCUCAAACUGGAACAUCGAUGAGCAUUGCCUUCCCUCCUCCUCCAAGGCUCCGUUCGUCAUUCUUUGUGUGAAAGCGCAAACUUUGCUGGUCAAUCCUUUGCGCAUAACGCUGCCACGUCACUAUCCGGAGAAGCCAGCUUCGAUCCAAUUCGAUCGCAGUUUCCCGCAAGACUCGGAAUACGGACCACGUCUUCAAAAGCUUCUCGAGAAGUAUCUGGCAACGAAGAGCACUGUCCGGAGCUUGGCUGAUAUUGUCGAUGCGUUCCAGGCGGCGUGCGAGGAGUACCAGAUGUACUUGCCCAAGUAUCAAGUAGAGUCGUGUGAGUUACUCUCAUCUGAUUUACGAUUAUGAAUGUUCCGUUUUCAGCUCCAGAACAACAGCAGAAGACGCCUGAAAUGGUGUACGCCAGUCACUACGCCUCCCGUCCGGCAGCUCCAAUCGCUCACAAAGGAAUGGUCAUGUGA